AUGUCACGUCGAGACCUGGCCGGUCUUGGAGACAGCAACGUCAUCGAAGAGGGCCGCAGCAAGAGCGACUCUGGCCAGAGCGACAGCGACAACGAGCCCUCGCUCACGUCCGCCCGCGGCCCAAAGAAGGGGCGCGCGUCGGGCGCAGCAAACGGCGCCGAGGCGUCGGCCUCCAACGGCGCCCAGCUCGACGGCGACGCCGAGGUCGACGAGUUCGAUCUCAAGCCCCGCCGGCUCGAGCAGUGCUUUGGCGCGCGCGACAGCGCCUCCGCCCGCCAGCCCCUGGCUGCGUCGGGCCCUGGCCAGAGCCGCGCGAGGAGCCGCUCCUAG